AUGCCGUCUAGGAUCCAUUGGUCUGGCAGGAACAACCGCUCUCAACACAACCUGGUGGGGUCGACGGGUGUUGAGGACUCUGCUUCGGCGCCUGUGCCAGGCCCAGCUGCCGGUGCGAACCCCCUGAGUGCGGGUGCUGGUGCUGCGAACCACCCCUCAGCCUCCCCCAACUCGGCCCUCAGCUCCAGCGAAUCCUUUCAGCCCGACGCCAGCGCCGGCCGGAGUAAUCUCGCACAACAACAACAGCAACCCCCCCCACCGCCGCCACACCUCACCAAUAUCUACGGCACCGCUGCCGCCGGCCCGCCCCAGUUGCAGCAUUCCAACAGCGUCUCAGCUACUUUUGACUCGCGCCAGCGGGAGCAGCAGGAGUUCGCAGACCAAGUGACGCGCUCUCAAUCGUACCGCUACACCCAGCCCUCCCCCACCGCUACCCAACUGCUCCUCCAACAGCAGCAGCAACAACAACUACAGCAGCAGCAACAACAACUACAGCAGCACGCACAACAAACACAACCUCCGCCAGGGUCCGUCUCCGUCGAGGACCUCUCUGUCACCGGCCACCCAAAUAUCUCCUCACCCAUUCUUGGCGGCCCCCAGCCCGCCUACGGUCACCAACAGCCCCAACCGCCCCAACCUCCGAAGCCCAAGCAGUCCACUCGGAGGCUGAUCAAAAAUAUCCUGAAUCCCCGUGGCCAGGACUUCUCACAGCAGCCGCAGCAGAGCCAGUACGGCAGCGGCUCAACCCCGGCCCGCCGGAAUUCUAAACGCGUGAGCCUGCCCCCGCCGUGUCCUCCAGCAAUUCACACCGGCGUCUCCCAGGUGUCGCUCGAUCAGCAGCAGCAGAGCGACUGGCAGAACCAAGGGCCUGCGACACAGCCCUCCCCUCUGCAAGGUGUAGGAGAUUCCCUCCAAUCGUACGCAAUUGGAGGUUCUGACCAAGAGCUGUACCUGCAGACUUCACAGGACAUUCAGCACCCCACCAUCAAGCCUGCUCCUCCUUCGGACGCAGAGACGUCGCCCUACCCGACUGAGGAUCCCGGGUAUCGCCAACACCGCAGCCACAUCCCGUCGCACGGUCACGUCCCUCCGGUAUUGCAGCAUCAGCAGUACGGCCAGGCGGUUUUUGACGCCGCUCCACCUCAACAGCAGCCGCAGCAGUACCAAAUUACGAAUCAGCAGCAGCAGCAGCCACCACAGUAUCAGGGCGGCAGUCAGCAAAACUUCACGGGCCAUCUUGCCAACCCGCAACAGCAAAACCCUGAGACGGUAUCGCAGCUGUCGCAUGAGUCGCCCGUUACUGACUCGGAUCAACGUUCUGCUACCAAUAUACCAGCACAAACGGUGCAGGUGCAGAAGUCGCCUGCGAUAAAUUACCUGCCGCAUACUCAGGAUCUUGGUGGACGCCAAAACCCACCGCCCGCACUUCAAGCCCAGAACCCGCAGCCGCAGACCAUGGCCCCACCAACCGGCGGGCCGCCCCCGGGGCGGAGAUCGCAGGACGCCGAGAGGAUGCGCGAUCAACAAGUCCAGCCGCCGUCAGGGCCACCGCCCAGCUACCGGCAGAGUCAGCAACCCAAUAUGAACCCCCUGCCGCAACCCCCGAACGCGGGGCAGCCAAACCCGACCUUCCGUGCCAGCAACGUACCGGACCGGCAGCAAUUCGAAGGCCAAGGAGAAAUUCAAGGGCGCAACAGCCCGCAACCUCCCUCUAGCGACCGCGGCGGCGAGGACCCUGAGAAGGCUUUCAAGGAUCUUUUGACCAAGUACAAAAAUGUUAAGCGACUUUACUUUGACGGCAAAAAGGAAAUUGAACACUUGAGCAGCCAGGUUGAGCAGCUGCAAAACGCCAUCGCCAACCAGCGCAUGUCGCAGAGCCGGACCUCGCUCGACGACAGCGAGUACACGACGCGCUUCAACCGCCUCAACGGCGCCAUUAACAAUCUAUCCUUCAAUAUCCGCAAGGACUGGGUCACGCUACCGCAAUGGCUAGUCCCCUUUGUGAGUGCCGACGCGCUCAAGACGGGCAAGCAGGAGAUGACGGCGGUCGGGCGGGCCGUCAUCACGCGCUGGAUCGUAGAAGAGAUCUUUAACCGGUGCUUCCACCCGGGCCUGGACCCGGAGCUCAGCAGGCAGCUCAAGCUUAUCGAGCUUAACAUUAGGCACUUUAGCUACACCAUGAACAGCCAGGAGGAGUACGACGCGCUGACGAGCAAGGUGGUCAGCUGGCGCAUGGCGACGCUCGAGGGACUGCAGGACGUGCUCCGCAGCGCCGAGAGCGUCAACCACAGGAACGAAUUCACGCGCAGCGCGACAAGCAACCUGACGGCGUCGCUCUUCCAGCACCUGGCGGACCCGCCGCCCGCGGGUGUGGACGGCAGCGCCAGCAUGAUUGUUGAGCUCGCUGUCGGCAUCGCGAGCAACCUGCCCCUCGAGAGCCGCGACGUGCACAUCAUCUACCCGCUGCCCGAGACCCCGAUUCAGCCGGAGCUAAUGGAGGUGGAGAAGACAGGCCUUCCGGCGCUUGAGGCCCGGCCUUCGGACGCGAGCGAGGAGGGCGGUGCUGCAGAGGAUGGCGGCGGCGGCGCUGGUAGCGCUGGCGGAGGUAAGGAAGCAUCCAACAAGGACGGCGGCAAGGACCGGCGGGGUGGUGACAAGAGAACGGGUAUGUCGAGUGUUGUGGGGGCUGUUGCUGCUGCCGCCGCCUCCGGCGGAGGCGGAGGCGGCAAUGGUCCUGGAAGCAGAAAAGGCAGCGUUGCUGACCGCGGCAUCUCUCAAGCAGCAGCUCCCCCACCGCCCAAGGACGCGGGCAACAAGGUGCGCUUUGCCGGCUUCGUGGCCGUCGAGGUCCGCGGUCGGCAGGUGCUGUGCAAGGCCCCGGUGUGGACCCUGGGGUGA